AUGGCAGAUUACCGUAAGUUCCUCAACAAGAUCCCAGCAUUGUCGGCUGAAGCUGCAGAUUUCGGCAAAUGCACCGUCAGCCGUGUGACACCAAAUGUGCUAAGCUACAGCGCUGCAAUGAGCGUUGCAGAGAAAGGUUUCCGGUGGCCUUUGGCGUUGGUACUCUUGGAUUCUAUGGAAGAUCCCAGGACCUCCACACCCCGGGCGAAUGAAGUCAGUUUCAACACGGGCAUCAGCGCCUGUGAGAAAGGCUCUAAUUGGCUUCUGGCCCUGGAGUUGUUGGUCACCAUGGAGGCAGCGCGCCUCCGCAGCGACGCCGUCGCUGCCUCUGCCGUCCUGGCUGCAUUGGCAGCAGGAGGCAUGGCCCAGAGGGCGAAGCGUUUCUUCCGCAAGGCACAGCAGAGACAGAUCGAGCCGAAUGCUGUGAGCUUCGGCGCCGUCAUAUCGGCCUGUGCCUCUUGGCAGCAGGUUGUGGACACUUCGGAAGUAGCGUUCAUAGCUUUCUUUCUCCGCAGCCACGACAUGAGAGAAGGCCAGCGAUUGGCGCGCAGCCGCGGACUAUCUGAGAGCUUCGUGGAGCCAGCACCUCGCCGACGAGACUUGUCACAACGCUGCUCUUGCAGCCUGCUCCCGCGCAGUCUGGACAAGGUCCACCGGGCCCUCUUCGAGCAGCAUGGCUGCGGGCAAAAGGGGGCGCCUGCACCAAUGGCCUACAUUCCCGCUCUGGUGUCAGGAGCUGAGACGAUGCCUUGGGAAGUCAUGGUAGUCAGCAAUCGGCACAGGGCUGAGAAGCCAUUGGAUGCCGGUACAUGCCGGUGCAGGCUUUGGCAAAUCUUCGCGGGCAAGACCCGUUUUGGCGAUUUUGGCCUUGCCUGCGAAGAUUUGGGCCUUGCCUGCGAAGAUUUGGGCGAGUUUGGCCUUGCCCGCGAAGAUUUGGGCCUUGCCCGCGAAGAUCAUUAA